AUGUCUCUCCCUCGCAUAGCAUGUUUCCAUGGCGGCGGAUCUAAUGCUCGUAUUCACAUGGUGCAAUGCCGACGUCUACAACGCGAGCUACAGCACGAAUUCGAGUUUGUCUACUUUGAAGCACCAUUUGCUCGCGGCCCUGGGCCGGACGUCCUCCCCGCAUUCAAAGAUUACGGACCUUACAAGACAUGGUUUACCAGCGUCAACGACACCAGUGGAUUCGACGAUUCGACUGGCGAGGACGGAAUUGAAAGAGUAUGGAACAUGAUGAUUACUGAGACAGAGAAGAGCGGCGAAGAGUGGAAUUGGGUCGGUGCGUUAGGGUUCAGCCAGGGUACCAGGGUCGUCGGCGGCUUGCUGCUCGAUCAGCAACGGCGUAAAUCUCAUUAUGAUCUGCUGGGCCAGUCAUUUAUGUCGGAAGAAGCCUCUGGUAUGGGUAGCCUGAAGUUUGGGGUUCUCUGUAUGGGCAGUGGUGCCCCCAUGCAGCCGGAGGCAGCCUCGGACCUGAUGAGCGGAUAUCAUCUCCGACAAUACAUGUUCAUGGGUUGA